AUGGAUAACCUUUACAACGAUAAUUCAGAAGAAGAAUAUACAAGUGAUGAUUCGAAAAUUAAAAAAAAGUAAUUAGAAGUGGAGGCUGAGCUUCAGAAAUUGUAGUAGAUGGAACAGGAAUCUUAGGAGGAGAUAAAUAAUUUGGAAGAUCAGAUUAAGCAGAAUGAAAACAAGAAGCUUGAAGUCACAAGAAAACUUAAAGAAAGUGUAGAAACUAUGAGUUAAUAAAAAUAAGAAAUACUAAUAUUGGAUGCCAAAAUUGCAUUUAUUAAAAGGAGAUUAAAUAAUGACCCUACGAUAUAGGAGUAAUAAGACACUUAGGAAUAAAUAAUAUAAGACUCUGUAUAUUUAACAACUCUGCUGCAAGAGAAGGAAAGACGCAUAAGGACUCUUAAAGAGAAAAUUUAAAAUAUACGUCCAUGUGUUCAAGAGGAAAAGUAGUUGCAAUAACUCCAGAUAGACUUAGUGUUAAAGAAGGCUUAGUUGCAGGAGAUUAAAAAUUAAUAGCAAGUUGGGAAUCUGAAUUAGUCUUACAAAAAUAUUCAGGCCAAGCUUAGUGAACUCAAAUUGAUGUAAGAAAAAAGAGAAGAUAUUAAAUAAGAAAUUUAGAGAUUCAAUUCUAGGAUCAGAGGGGAAUAAGAUCAAAAGUAUAUGCUAUUCAAUCAAUUGUAAAUAGUGAGAAAUAUAUAUCAAAGUUAUGAGAAUAGAGUUGAACAAUAAAAAACUAUGAUUAGCAAUCUUUAGGAAGAGAAUAGCAAUGAUACAAUUAAUCAAUUUUGAGUUAUCAAUAAAGUUAUCAACGAUAUAAUAUAAAAGCGCCAAUAAUUUUGAAAA